UUUAAAUAUUUUUCUUUUCAGCUCCAUUUACCUCUCAAUUCUCCUUUACCUGGAAGUGAAUUGACUAAGGAACCUUUUCGCUGGGAUCAGAGACUAUUUGCUUUAGUUCUGCGUUUGCCUGGCAUCACAACUCCAGAAUCAGAGCAGAUAGCAGGUGUGCCCAUUGAUGACUCAGCAAUUACACCUAUGUGUGAAGUCACAGGAGGUCGCUCGUAUUGUGUGUGUUCUCCAAGAAUGCUGAAUCAGUGUCUUGAGUCAUUGGUUCAGAAAGUGCAAAGUGGAGUAGUAAUAAACUUUGAAAAAUCUGGACCAGAUCCUUCACCAAUUGAAGAUGGACAAAUGGAUAUAGCUAGGUCUUUUGGACCCCACCCUUGGCACAGCUGUCACAAACUUAUCUAUGUCAGACCAAACCCUAAAACUGGAGUUCCCAUAGGCCACUGGCCUGUUCCAGAAUCCUUUUGGCCGGAUCAAAAUUCUCCAACAUUGCCACCUCGCACAUCUCACCCUGUAGUGAAGUUCUCCUGCACUGACUGUGAACCAAUGGUCAUUGACAAACUACCUUUUGAUAAAUAUGAGUUAGAACCUUCGCCGCUGACCCAAUUUAUUCUGGAAAGGAAAUCUCCUCAGACCUGCUGGCAGGUGUAUGUGAGCAAUAGUGCAAAAUAUAGUGAACUUGGCCAUCCUUUUGGUUACUUGAAAGCCAGUACAGCACUGAAUUGUGUGAACCUGUUUGUGAUGCCUUACAAUUAUCCAGUCCUCCUUCCACUCUUAGAUGACUUAUUCAAAGUACACAAGGCAAAGCCAACUUUAAAAUGGCGGCAGUCAUUUGAAAGCUAUUUGAAGACAAUGCCUCCUUACUAUUUAGGGCCUUUGAAGAAAGCUGUGAGAAUGAUGGGAGCGCCUAACCUUAUAGCAGAUGGUGUGGAAUAUGGACUUAGUUACAGUGUCAUUGCAUACCUCAAAAAGUUGAGUCAACAGGCCAAAAUAGAGUCCGAUAGAGUCAUUGGCUCUGUAGGCAAAAAGGUAGCGCAAGAGACUGGAAUUAAGGUCAGAAGCAGAUCACACAACCUGUCUAUGGCACAUAGGAACGAUUUUCAACAACUGCUACAGGGGAUUACUGGGGAAAUUCCUCAUAGACUUCUAGACCUCAAUAUGAAGGAGUAUGCUGGGUUCCAAAUAGCUUUGCUGAAUAAGGAAUUGAAACCUCAGACCUUUAGAAAUGCUUAUGAUAUACCCAGAAGGAAUCUUUUGGAUCACUUAACAAGAAUGAGGUCUAAUCUUAUGAAGAUAACUCGCAAGUUUCUCAAAGGACAAGAUGAAGAUCAAGUUCACAGUGUGCCAAUAGCACAAAUGGGAAAUUAUCAGGAGUACCUAAAACAGAUACCAUCUCCUCUUCGAGAGCUUGACUCUGAUCAACCCCGAAGGCUGCAUACGUUUGGUAAUCCAUUUAAAUUGGACAAGAAGGGAAUGAUGAUAGAUGAGGCAGAUGAAUUUGUUUCAGGGCCUCAAAAUAAACACAAACGACCCGGAGAACCAAAUAUGCAGGGGAUUCCUAAAAGACGUCGGUGUAUGUCACCCCUUCUCAGAGGCCGGCCACAGACUCCUCCUGUCAUGAACAAUCACAUUGGAGGAAAAGGGCCACCUACACCUGUAACACAAGCACAGCCAGAUCUUGUUAAACCUAUUCCUAUUCACAAAACUUCAGAAACCAAUAACGAGAUUGCAGUGGAUGAUGUGAUUGAGAAUCAUGUUGCAGACCCACUUUCUUCAGAUGUCUUUCCAAAUUCUAUGGAUUCUGACUUUUCAGUGUCCUCUUAUCCAUUCAAUUCAUUGGAUGGACCAACAGCUCAUUCAGAGGAUCUAGGCCAUGAACAUUUAGGAACUAAUAACCUUAACAUUGAUGAAUUUAUGAAAAAUGAAGAGUCAGGUUAUAAAGAUCGAAGUACUCAAGAAAACUUGCCAGCAUCUUCGCCCAACAAAGGAAAAAAAGUGAUACAUUCCAGAAGUGCGAGAGAAGUUAAUAUAGAACUAAAAGCACAAAUUAUGAAGGAGAUUAGAAAGCCAGGAAGAAAAUAUGAAAGAAUCUUCUUUUUGCUGAAGCAUGUACAAGGCAGUUUCCAAACACGACUGCUAUUUUUACAGAACGUUAUUAAAGAAGCCUCAAGGUAUGUAGCUACCUAAAAAUCUUGUAAAAUUAUGCUAAUGUGCUGUAUGUAGUUAGAGGUAUGUCCAUAGCCACUACAUAUGUCUGCUUGAGACCCACACAUUUGUAAGUGGUGUUCACAUUUUGAUUAACUUAUCCUAAAAAUUAACCACACAAAUGCUUCAAAUUA